AUGGAGGACAUAAACUGGGUAAAAGAUGUUAUGAUGCAGCACAAGACAGAAAAGAAGGACAACUUUCAAACCGUUGCACAGGUUCACAGACAGAUUGUCAGAGAUGAACCUACUGAGCAGAUAACCACACAGCUUGUCAGUGAUGAACCUUGUGAGCAGAUAACCACACAGCUUGUCAGUGAUGAACCUACUGAGCAGAUAACCACACAGCUUGUCAGUGAUGAACCUACUGAACAGAUAAUCACACAGAUUGUCAGUGAUGAACCUACUGAGCAGAUAACCACACAGCUUGUCAGUGAUGAACUUACUGAACAAGUUCGCUUGCAGAUGGACAAGGAGCAAUUUGAUUCACAAUUUGGAGGUGCUUAUUCCGACCCUGAUUAUUUGCCUUCAAGUGAUGAUGAUCAAUUUGACAUGAUACAAGAUAGUCAAGAUGAAAGUGAUGGUUACUGUAGUGAUGAAUAUCCCAUUCUGAAUACAAAGGUAUCUGUUUGCGAAAACAAAAUUUCACAAAGAAACAGAAAGAUGCAUCAGGAGAUGGGUCUAAACGAAAAAGAACCAAAUAGCAUCAGUGAUAUUGAACAAGAUAUUGAAGUAAGUGAAUCAAUUUCUGAUGACGACAGCACUAGUGAGGAUGAAGAUGAUUUAUUACGAGACUCGGGAAAUCCAAAGAUUUUCAUCAGAAAAGUGUUUAAGUCGGAGACUACCAAAACUGGAAAGAAAAAAAGAAAUUCUAGAGUAUUCAACAGUUACCAGUUUUGUGGUGUGUGCAAUGUAAAAGUUUCAAAUUUUUCACAACAUAUUGAAAGACAUAAAGAUAAACACAAGAACUGUCCAGAAAUUCAACAAAUCCUUCAUGAAAAAGAUGAAAAAGAAAGGAAAUUGCUGCAGAAGCAGUUACGAGCAAAAUUCAACCAUGAAAACAACAUGAGGACUCUGAAAGCUGGUAAAGGAGAAAUACUGUUGGAAAGACGGCCCACAAUAAACUUUAAACAUGAUGAUUUUGGACCUUGCCCUCGUUGUUUGCUGUGGAUAGCUAAAAAAUUAUUGCAAAAACAUCAAAAGAAGUGUUUAUCAAAAAAUACUGAAGACUGCACUCUGAAAAAGGCUGCCAUUCAGACAAGAUCAGAUACCAUUGCUAAUAGAAUCUCUACAGUCGCUAGCAAGAUCUUGGCAAAAGAAGUGUUUGAAACAAUGAAAGUGGAUGAGGUAGGAACAGUUGCAAGAAAUGAUCCAUUAAUUGUUCAACUGGGAAACCAGUGGAUUCAAAAAAACAUAGGUAACACCCUCAAAAGAGGGUCCUACACAUCGCAAAUAAUGCGUUUGGUUGCAAGACUUCUGCUACAUCUGAGGAAAAUCAAACCUUUAAAUGAAGAGCCUACAAUGUGGAACUACUUAAAACCAAGCCACUUAGAUGAGAUAAUCAAGGCAACACUUAUGACAGCAAGUCAGAGUGUGGACAAUGAAGAGGACAUUCAGAAACCGAGCAACGCCAUAAAACUUGGAUAUGAUAUAAAAAGACUUUUAAAUGGCAAAAUAGGCUUAGCAAUCAAGUCUGGAGACAAAGCUUCACGUCAAGAUGCAGAGGACCUACUAAAAGCUAUGUCUGUUUAUUGGGGGACAAGCGUAACUAAGAUGUCAAGGGUUCUGCUGGAACAAAGACAUUAUGCAAAGGAUAAAAAACUCCCAGAACCAAACGACAUCAAGACUCUCAACAUUUUCCUGAAUGAAUCUUUAAAGGACCUUGAUUUGAAGUCAAAUACUAGUAUCCCAGACAUCUUCAGGAAAACUGCAGAAGUUACUGAAGCAAAACUUGUUGUCUACAACCGUAGACGAACUGGGGAACUACAGGCAAUCAGACUGACAGAUUACAAAAGAAGAUGUACUGCAACCGACGGAGAAAGUUGCAGCAAUAUGAUGGGCGAACUUUCUGAUUUUGAGAAAAAGUUAUUGGAGACACAGGAGGUUAUGACUGUUCGGGGAAAGACUGGCAGAGGAGUACCAGUUAUUUUGCCAAGGGAGACAAAAGCAGCAAUGGCAUAUUUGACUAGUAUUGAAGUGCGAAAAUCGGCAGGGAUUGACAUACACAACCCAUAUGUGUUUGCUUCACAAGGUGAUGGUCAUGGUGUUGUAAGGGCAUAUGAUGCACUUUCAAAGGCUUGUAAAGCAGCAGACUUGAAGGCACCCGAAAGGAUAACCAGUACAAACUUGAGAAAAUACAUGGCAACAAUAACACAGGUACUUGAUCUCAAAGAACAAGAAAUGCAGUGGGUACUUUCACAUAUGGGACACACUUUAGAUGUGCAUAAAAUUCACUACAGAGCAACAAGUGAUGUCAUAGAAGCAACACAAAUUGCAAAGAUUCUCUUGUUGCAAGAUACAGGAAGUUUUGGGAAGUUUCGAAACAAAUCAUUGCAAGACAUCCAACUCGAUGAUAUUGUUUUGGAAACAAACAAAGACACUGAUGAAGAUCAUGAAGUGUCAACUGAGUUGUUUAGUCAAGAUGAUGAGUCUGAGGAUCUGGAGAUUGAGGAAGUUCUGAGUAUUUCUGAACAGUUCGAGGAUUCUGAUCACACGAAAAAAAGGGUUCGAGGUGGUGAAAAUGGAAAAGGAAAAUGGACUAAAGAAGAGGAGGAUGAGAUUCAAGAACUGUUUAAAAAACAACUUGAAAAAAAAAAUUAG